GGUCACCCCCGUCGGACCUAAAAUGUAUCUCGUUUGUAAUGAAUAUUUUGAAUCGAAAAUUCAAGACUCUUAAAAGCAGCAUAAACAUAAUCUCCCUUUCGAAAACACGUUGGCUCUGAAGAGUGUUUAAGGUACUUCAGACACUGUUUGCUGUGAACGGAGGAAGCCUGCUGCUGAUGACCACGUUGAGGUUACUACGUGCUCUGGUCCGGCACAGAGGCUAAGAACUCGAUGAGGUGCAAGACAAGUCUGGGUGAUGAGACCGGCCAGGCUAAGGUAGUCACAGAAUCACUUGAGGGCAUCUUCACGAAUCAACAAGUGAUCUUGAACUGAAUGGUGCAUGCAACUGAAUUAGAAGUGUUAACUCCUUGAAAAAGAGGCCAUACUUUAUUCUGGAAGUCCUGAAUGAGAUCGGCAUCUCAGACAAUAAGUAACAAACCCAGGACGGCAACACUGGAGGAGCAAGGAACAAGGCAGAAGAGGUCGUGGGGGAUUUAAGCCACAUGGACCGUGGCGUGCACCUUUCAUUCCCCAUGUGCCUUUUGACAUGAUUCAGUGCGAGGCAGCCUUCCAGAGAGUGAAACCCGUUCCUGAUGAUCAGCCACUCUUUGAUGAGCUGAUUAAGAAGAAUGGGGAACUAUCCCCUACCCCUCUGGAGCAGUCAUCAGUGCUGAGCCUUGUCACAAAGAUCAAUACCGUAUUGGAUAAUAUCAUUGUAGCUCCACCUUCAGGUUUUGACGUGGUUGUUGAGCAGGUGCGUCAGGUGGGCUCACACAAGAAGGGGACGAUGAUGAACGGAAGUCCUGUUGCUGACUUGGUUGUCAUCCUCAAGACAUUACCAACAACUGAAGCAGUGAUCAAGCUCGGUAACAAGGUUGUGGAGAGCGUCAAAGAGAAAGAGCCCAACGAAGUCUUAACGAUGUUGACUAAUGAAGCAGGAUGCGAGAUCAGUAGCUCGGAGGCCACCGUCAAGAUAAUGGUGACGACCAUCCCACCAAACCUCAAGAAGAUAGACCCAGCCAUGCAUUUACCCUUGAAGGUCAUGAAGUCAUCCCUGGCAGCGGUGAGGCACGCCCGAUGGUUCGAAGAGAACGCCCAGCACUCAAGCAUCAAGGUGCUAAUCCGGGUACUGAAGUACAUGAGGACUCGCUUUGAGGGAUUGGAGCCUCUCAACCCCUGGAUUAUUGAUCUCCUUUCCCACUAUGCCAUCAUGAACAACCCACCCAGGAAGCCAUUGGCCAUCAACUUGGCCUUCCGCCGAUGCCUGUCCUUACUAGCCUCUGGCUUCUUCCUGCCCCGAUCCAUGGGCAUCAUUGACCCCUGUGAAGGUAACGGAAUGAGGGCGCACUGCUCACUCCUCCUGGACCAACAGGAUCAAGUGGCCUACACAGCCCAGACAUUGCUGCGAGUGCUGAGCCAUGGUGGAUACAAGCAGAUCCUAGGAACAGACGGCAAUGCCUCCAUAGCAACCGAGAUGUCUGUGUGGGAUGGAGUUGUGGUCACCCCGAGUGAGAAGGCGUACGAGCCUCCUGCAGAGGUCCCCAAGGGGGAGGAAGGGGAAGGGGAUGGAGAGGAAGAGGAGGGAAUGGAAUCAGUGGAGUCACAGUAGAUGAUAAGCAGGUAAACUCGGCUGCCUUUGUUCUCCUAUCUGCUGAUUGCCAGUGCACUGCUGUGAUGAGUUUUUAACCCGGCCUGCAUCGGUGACAUUUAAUUUCUGUUGAUGCCAUAAAGCGGGAUGAUCUGUUACCCCUAGUGCUGGCUCAGACUUCGAAGCCUUCCCGCGUAAUGAUGUCUGCCAUAUGUGAUAACCCAAUCACGUUGUUAGGACUGCAUCUUUUAUGGUUUCUGUUUUAAUCUUUCCAACCAUAAAAAAAUUCUAUUUCAUAUUCGACUGUGUUCAUUCUGAAUUCACCGAAGUUGCCCAACAGUUUGGCUGAAUUCGCCACACAACUCAUACUGUUUAUCAACCGUUGUUGCCCGAACCCAAGUUGAUAGAAUCUUAUUGGAUUUAGAUCAUUCGACGUCUGGACUUCUCUGGAAAAUGAUCGUGCUCUGUUUCAACAUCAGAUUUCGUUCUGGUGUUUCUAGCAAAUGAUUGGAUCCACUGUCGCCCUCUAUGUUAAGCAGCAGUGUUUUCAGCACUUUAUGGACCUGUAUGGGUAGGACCCCUUCAUUUGAUUGGUAAUCAAAUACCUUCCUCGAAGCUGACAUAAAUAGAUCAGUUCAGUGAGCCUGUUGGCCUACCCACAUAACUGUUUUGGACAAAGGAAAGCAGAUUCCCAAACUUGGCCUAUACUCUCUCUAUUUUUUAAGGUGUUCCUAUUUGUGAACUUGUUUAAAAAUUAAUGUAGACUUUGGGUGUUUUCUUAGCUUAACUCUCCAUGUAUUGGUUAGGUAAAUGUAUGUCGAAUCACUUUUGAGUAAAUUCUUCAGAUAUCUGUGUUUUUGUAGCUUUAUUUAUCUCGAGAACCAUGUUGAAUAUUCAUUUCUUGGAGUUCUCUUUUUUAUUUGAAUUGAAGAUUCACGAUUUGUUUUGCCAUAAUUUUUAUGAGUGUUCUCUUUCUUGUUUUUCUGUCGUGAUUUGUCUUGUCAGAGUUGAAGUAUUAAAACCACACUGCGGCUUGCACUUUCUGUA